AUGGCGGAGAACCGCCAAAUCGAGGCGCCUACAGAUAGCCAGCUUGAAGAGCUUACGCUUUUACGGGUUAGGUUGAGCCAGCGCGCUCAGGCCCGCGCAUUACUCGUACUUGAAGCGCAGCAACUUCUUGAUUGCGACAAUUUUCUAACGACAUUGAACCAAUACGUGCUUCCACCCCCGUUACUGGAAUAUGUACAAGAAAUUCUAGAACAGCGAUGGGCGCUCCUAUUAGACGUACUUGAGCAAGUGCGUCUGCAGGAGGAGCAGGACCAGGCGAUGUUGGGAAUGUGGGAGGAUUAA